CUCAAUUUACUGCUCACUAAACGGUCUUUUUGAAGGGAGUAGUGAAUGAGUGGACAAGGGUGUGAUUUUGGACACAAUGUAAGCCACAUUUGUGUCUCUGUUGGCCAGAUCACAUGUCUUGGUUUUCCCAGCUAUAUGCAAAUCAGUGUCGACAUUACUCCAGUCCAGAGGCUUCAUUCAAGUUUUCAUGUGCUGGUUCAGAAUGUAAACCGAAGUGCACAUAUAUAGGUUAGUAAAAACAACACUAUGAAUAUGAGUCAUAUACUAUAGAUGUGUGGGUCACUGUUAGUGUUAGGCCUGGGACAGGUGUUGGAUUACAGUGUUAUUAUUAAAGGCUAAUAUUGGCACCAUGAACUGAUCUGAACCCAAUUAUUACAGUUUGAUGUGGAUAACUUCUUGUGCUUUAAUUUAAUUGAAAGGUCAGAGUGCAUAAUCAGGACCUGGCAUUGAAUCCAAGAUCAUGUGGUCUGAAAGUGAAACUCAAUAGAAAUGCUAAUCUGAGGCUGAGUCUUUCUGUUUGGAUAUUUCAGGAGUGCUGCGGUUAUUCUGACUGUAACAGAGGAGCUACAUGUGGAGACGUGCUGCAUACAAUACUAAAUGUCUCUUUCUGGAUAGUCAGGCUUGUUUGGGCACCAUCCCAAUAAAUCAGAGGCGCCUAUGAUUUAACAGCACCAACAACCCCCAUCAUGCACUGGGACACAGCUACAGCACAUUUAUUACGGUUAUUGAGGCUGAUACAGAGAACUGCUCCAACUAUGAGGUGUGAAGGUGUGUGUUAGAUCUGCUUUAAUAAUGACAGGACUGCUGUGUAUAGACUAGUCAUUACACACGCACAUGCACACACUCACACACACCCAUUAGGACCCCAGCAGAAAGCUAUAUCAGGGCCAGCAACAUCACUGACAGCUCUUUUUUGUCUGAGAAGCUGCAGCAGGGAUGAGGUGGUGGCUGGUGGUAGCCAGUUUGUGGCUGCUAGUGGUCCUGACCGUCUCAGACGCCCAGGCCAAGAUCAGACAUCGCAACCAGAAUGGUGAGAUCCGCCGGGGGAAGAGGAAGAGGGACGGACAGGGUCCUGGGAGGGCCAGAGCGGGGCACUCUAGACCUCCAAAGAUCAGACUGGUUCCUGGUCCCGGCAUCCCAGUGGUGCCCGGAGAAAAACAAGAAAACACUCUUUUCUUGGAGUCCUACAAGAACCUACAAGAACAGCACUCCAGCUACAACGUUAUCCCAGGUAAGCAGGGCCAGUGUGUGUACCGGGGUCUGACCAUGUUCAACCAGGCUGUCUGGUCUCCUAAGCCCUGUGUGACUUGUCUGUGUACCGGAGGGCGAGUGGUUUGUGACGAGAUCACCUGUCCCGUAGUACACUGCCAUUUCCCCUUCACCCCUGCUGGGGAGUGCUGCCCCGUCUGCAUGGAGUCAGACCCUGACCUCAGCCUUGACCUUUCUGGUGACUCCCCAGUUGGCAACGAUCCCGGCAAGCCUGUGAGCCCGCUCACCCAGGAGGAGAUCCAGCGAAUCCUCUGGCGGGAGGAAGAGGAGCACCGCCAGGAGGAGGAGCGCCUAAGGAAGAAGGAUGAGGCCAGGAAGAAGAGGAGGAAGCAGCGGAAGGAGCAGGCAGAGAAACAAAGGAAGAUAGUGGAGGAGAGGAGGAGGGAGGAAGAGGAGGCGCUAAAGCUGCAGGUGGAGAAAGAAGAGGAGGAGUGGAGGAGGCUUAUGGAGGAGGAGAUGAGGCGGCAGGUGGAGAAAAGGAGACAAGAGGAGGAAGACAGGAAACGCAAAGAGGCAGCGGAGAGAGAAGCAAGGGAGAAGGAAAGGAAGCUAGAGGAGGAAAGGUGGAGGCAGGAGGAGAUGCUGAGGGAAGAACUACUGGCUCUGGUGGAGGAGGAGGAGGAGGAGGAGGAAGAGGAGCAGCAGGAGGAAGUAGAGGAGGCGCUGUGGCUGAGAGGAGAUGUGUUUGAGAUGCCCCCAAAAGGACCUGAGGAACCUGAGAAACCAGACCUCUUCCCUGCUCCCAUCCCAAGACCUCCUGCUGCCACAGAGGAUGAGCUGAAGGAGAUGGAAGCAGAGGUGGAGGAGGAAGGAGAGGAGAGGGAGGUGGUAGUAGUAAACAGAGGAGGCCUCCCUCCAGGCUGCUACAUCUCUGAUGUCACCCUGACAUGCGAGAACGCCAAACUCAUCUACUUCCCUCCUCUGGCCAUACCGGAGCUCAGGUCUCUCAGUCUGGAGGGCAACAACAUCAGCAGCAUCCCAGCAGAAGCCUUCAAUGGCAUCCCUAACCUUGAAUGGAUCGAUCUGAAGAAAAACAAAAUCACAUCUGCCGGCAUUGAUGCUAAAGCCUUCAAAGGUCUGAAGAUGCUAAGGCGCCUGUACUUGGAUGGGAAUCUUCUAGAAGACGUGCCCGCUAACCUUCCACCCACCCUGCAGGAGCUGAAGAUCAGCGAGAACAGACUGAGAGGAAUCAAUAAACACAGCUUCCAAGAUCUAAGUAGCCUGGUGAUUCUGGAGUUGGAGGGAAAUCUGCUGAGUGAGGGGAAUGUAGAUCCUCUGGCCUUCGCUCCCCUCAAACAGCUCUCCUACCUCCGACUUGGCAGAAACCACUUCCGCAUCAUACCACAAGGCCUUCCCAUUUCAUUGCUGGAGCUGUACUUGGAGAACAACCUGAUUGAGGAAAUCUCAGAGACAGUUUUCAAUCAGACCCACAGUCUGAACGUGGUCUCUCUGAGACACAACAGGCUGGAGGAGAACAGGAUCGCCCCGCUGGCCUGGAUCAACCACAGAAAUCUGGAGUCCAUCGACCUUUCACAUAAUCACCUUUAUCUAGUUCCAUCAUACUUGCCCAGAUCUCUGGUCCACUUAGUGCUGGUGGGAAACAACAUAGAGAGGAUACCUGGUUACGUCUUUGCCCACAUGGACCCUGGUUUAGAGUAUCUCUACCUCUCUUACAACAAACUGGAUGGAGAGGCAAUCGAGCCUGAGUCGUUCUUCGGCUCAUACGAAUCCAUGGUGGAACUGUGUCUGGAUCACAACCAGCUGGUCUCUGUCCCAUCUGGCAUCAACGAGAUGACCAACUUACACUUCCUCAGACUCAACAAUAACAUGAUCAGGAGCAUCCCUGACGAAGGCAUCUGUGACCCAAACCACAGCGGGGACACCACCCUGGUGGCCCUGAGGCUGGAAAACAACUACAUCGACCCCCAGAAGAUCUCACCGAUAGCCUUCUCCUGUGUGCGCUCCUCCUCCAGUGUGGUCCUUAAACCCCAGAAAACCAAGUGACCACACAAAACCAAAAACUAAAAGACACUUGUUUAAACCCCCAGAAACACAGGGGCAAAUAUUUAGAUUUUUUAUGUGCCAAGAGAAAUCAAAACAUAAUAUAUUUCCCCUCCCCAGCUUCCUCUGAUGCUGUAUGCUGCAUAAAAACAAGAUUUGCUUCUUCUUUUAGGUCUGGUAAGUUGUUUUGCACUGUCGUCUGGCCAACCUUAGCUUGGUGUGAAGUGGCAGAACACCUUCAGACUUCAAAUCAAACACAUCUGUCUCCUUUAGUAAAAUGUUAAACUCUCUAAAUGGAAAGAACUCCUGCACCAUACACAGUAAAAUGAAAAUGCUAAUAAAGAAAUGGAAAGAAUUCAAUGAAAUGAGA